GCGACUCUGCUCGCACCUGCUGACACAAGAUUUUUAACAAUUUUGGAAAAUGUGUCCAUCGGAAUGACUGCCAAUCAAGAACUUAUCUGAUAAUCAGGAUAAAGAAUAAAAAGCCACCACAAUGGCUUUGCAUCUAUCCGAUCUCUACCGGGCUUCUACCACGGAGAAAGUCCUUGACCUUGAGAAGGACUUGAAAAAAGAACUCGAAGAGCUGAGACAAGAAAUUGAUGAGAGCGAUAUUGUCACUGACUCACCGUCUAAGGCUCUCAGUUCAGUCCCUCUGCCCCGAGAUGCGAUGUUUUACAGAGAGGAGCGGAAAUUGGUGGUUGACAGGUCUUUGGAGGUGAGCGAGGCCCAGUCUCUAGUUAUUCAGGCGGAGGUUAUGAGAGAAGAGAUGAACAAUGCUGAAAGCAUGGAAUACACGCCAGAGAGUCUACCGCUCUUACUUCAUCAGUAUUUCACAACAAGAAUCCACCACAUCGUUCAGUGUAAAUACCUCCAUCUCCUACGCUGGAAAAGAUUCUGUCAGAACACCGCUACCAUGGAAACGCUUCAUCCCAUCUACCAAAAAAGACUCAGUGAUAUUUUAAUGGAGUAUAAUGACUGUGUCCAGCGUGCGAACCGGCUCUCUGUCUCCCGGGAGACAUACAUGUGCAAGAAGGACUAUGCCCUGGGGGUGCUGGAGAUGGAAGAUCUUCUCAUCUACCUACGCUGGCUUAUAUGUAACCUUCACUCAACCAAGAGGUUCAACCAGUACCUGAGGGUUAUACAAUGGAUGCAUGUUCUCCACAAGAACGAGGUUGCUCCUCCAAAAGAGGAUCUUGACGAGGAGGAAAGUUCGAGUGUGGCAAAGAUGGCAUCGCGCUACAACGACGAUGUCACAGGCAUUCUACAGAGACCAAAGUCGGGGGUUUCAAGACCGAGUUCGGGCAUUUCACCUCGAUCACAAACCCCACUACCCCAACCUCCUGCCAUCAACCCGACAUUGUUGUCGACGAACCCACUGCCGUCAGCGUCUCUGGCUUAUGCAGCUGCAGCUUCUGGAGGUGGUAUUGCUACUGACGAGGACAGUUUAGGACUGCCGUUGAACGUCGUUGACUUCAAGAGCCUUAAACCCCAUCUUGCCUUCCUGCUUAACGUCUAUGGCAUCAACUUUAACCUGGACGGUAUCCGAGAAGGCAACAGCGCAGAUGAGAUGGAAAUGUUUGGAGCAGUCAACAGAAAGUUCAAGCAUAUAUUCGCGCGUCAGGAGACCAUGAAAACGUUCAAGACUUAUGACAGAAUGGAGACUAAAAAAAAGGUCCCAAAGAUUGGCCAAGAAAACUGGGGUAUAGAUUCCCCCACCCACGCCUUGAAGCAGGAAUCCAACUGGUUGCCAUACGUGAAAAUGCGUGCUGAGUUGAAUGCCUCGCAGGAGAAAAUGUGGACCCAACUGAGGCAGAUUAGCAACACGGAUGAAAUUCUGCGGAUGCAGGCACAUUUUAUACAUGUCUCCGACCCUGAGCAUGUGCAAGAGAUAUAUCAGGAGCAUGCUACAGUGGUUCGUAACCCUGUCACAGUUAGACCAGUCAAGGUUACGACCAACCAUGAUACCAACAACAUGAAUACUCUUCAGGUGUGGAGGAAGAUUUACUGCAAACCUGAACUCUUCAAUGAGGGUGAAGAGGAGGACGAGAGAUUGGACAAGGGUGAUUUUGAUGAGCGCGACAUCGAGAACGUGAACCUGUCCAAUAAUCGACGGUCUGGGAGUGCGAGAAAACGCCGUGACAGUUACGACUACAUCAACACAGUACAGAUGCUUGGUCUUGAUGAAGGGGAACAGAACCCCAGUGACCAGAGCAGCGUCCAGGGAGCAUAUCUGUCAUUCCUCUACCUGAGACACUUGAGGAUCAAGGACUUACAGAGAUCUUGUCUGAGUAUGUUCAACUACUUUAGAUCCCUAGAAAGGACUUUGACCAUCAAUGAUGCUGGUUUAACCCAGGAUGACACGGAAUUCAAACAAGUUAGUCCCCAAGACCACAGACUGGGAACAGAAACAGAUGGAACUGUCGGAGGCGGUGGGGGUCUUGCGUCACAUGCCUAUCUACAUAACACGCCCGCUGACUUCAAAGUGAGUGAGGCGGAGUUUAUUGAGAUGGCCGAUGAGGACAACCAUGAUGAUUUCUACACAAUAGAAGAUGGCCGAACACACGUGCAGGAUCAGCGAGGCUACUACAUCAUGUAUGAGGCAGCCACAACAGAUCUUGAAAACCUUGAGAAAGACCUGAUGUUACUGGCCACCCAUUACAUAGAGAAAGACAGGAACCUACGAAGUGUGUCCAAGGUGAAGACCAUGACAGAGUCUGCUAGAACCAGACAGCACACAUCCAUGGGCCCAGGAGACUUCAACAUCCCGAACUACGCCCACACGGAGAUCGACAGGUUCGGCAUCAUGAUGGACCUCUGGAACAAUGAGACCGCGUUCAUGGAGUGUAAACGUGAACUGAUUGACUGCUACAUGGAGGCGUACCACAACGUGUUCGAUAGGGAUGAGAAACGAGCUCUCGCACAGGUGAUUAUUAAUCUGAUGUACCAGCGGCCAAGGUUUGAUCUGACAUCUGAGUAUUUCAUCAAAAUCUACCGGGCAGAAUCAGUCAUUCUCCGACAACAUGUCAACCUUGUUAAGGGAAUUCUUGAUAAACAGAUUGAGGAUAUGCGAGAAUACAACCAGAAAGUGUGUCGAGACGGUGACAAGUAUGGGCUGCCACAUCGCAUCGUUCCAAAACAACCUAUCUCUGUCAACCAUAGCAAGUCAGCACUGCGGAACCUGUUCAUUCUGGAGUUCCACCCCAGCCUGGCCAUAGCGAGCAGGAUACCACAGGCCAUGAAGUUCGCUCGUCAGGAGUUAAUGCAUAUCCAUAAGCCUGAUACCAUUCUCGAAGCUCUGAUCAUGGAAAAGAAAAUGUACGAGAUUGCGCUUACUGAAUGGACGACCAUGGAACCAAUAGGCACGUCAUUCUCACCGCAGAUGCAGAAAGAUCUGUUUGCGGAAGUGUUUGUGGAAGACCCCCUGUUUAUCUGCGAGAUUGCGGAACGAUUUGCUUCAGAGGAACCUGACGACACGGCUGCAAGGGGACAGAUGAAGACGAAAAACAAAAUCAUGAUGGCGAAGAUUGGACGAGUGCUUGAGGCAGUUCAUGUAAGACAGAGGUUGAUAGAUGCAGCUUGGGAGACGGAAAUUCUCGCAAAGAUAUACCGCCAACAAGCCCAAGAGAUGGGAUUCGAUGACUUCCACAUGUACAUGAGGUUCGUGCAGAUGGAGUUUGCAGGCUUCAAGGAAGAUGCAGGGAAACCCCCACCCACGUUUAUAACCUCUGUCCUGGAGGAUGAGUCACUUGUUGACAGGUACACUCCAGGGUUUCUGUAUCUGGCCAUACACGAGCUGGACGAGGCUCACGUUGGGAGAUUCAGUUUCCGUAGCAGGGAUGGAAUUAUGGAGAUUGUGAAGCCAGGUGGUUUGGAGACACUGCAGGUGGUUUUAAAGACGCAGGUUGUCCAUAAAAAUGCUGUAACCUGUGCUGUGCAGCAAGCACAUGCCUGCCAGCCUGGCAAGGAGCAAGAAUUUAAGAGUGGGAGGAACAGCCCUACAGAAACAAAAUCGGAGAAAUCCUCGCUCACACAGCUGACCGGUAUGUCAAGUUCAACAGCAGGAACGGCGCUGGCUGCCAAGAUGGCUGAAGCAGGCGGGCUCAAGAAACGAUCGCCCGAGGCCUUCAUGUCUAUACAGCUGGAAAAGACGCCAAGCCGCGAUGUGAUGUUGAAUGAGUUUAUUAACAAGAAGAACCAGAUGGGAACAGUUCUGAGGAACCCUGAUGAAAUGACCAAACUAAAGAGGUCUCUGAUAUCAUCGUUCUGUAACAACUUCAAUCGUCGCCUGGCCCAGUUCUCUCUCCGCGGCCAACUCCUCUCAUACUACAACAGCAUUCUCACGUUACUCGAUGAAUUCCCACAAGUCAGGGACACAUAUUUUAUGCUGGGAGAGUCGAACGAGAAGAAAUCCAACCUGGAUGAUAUUGCCGGACUUACUCCAGACCCUAGACAAAUGCGUAAACGACCUCGCAGAGUUCUGUCCCCUGAUGGAAAACAUGUUUUGAACAUCUGGUUCAUUCCACAUCACACAGAAACACUGAUCAUGUUUAAAACGUUGAAUGACGAGCACUGUGUCCUUGCCCUCACGUAUUGUCUGAUAAUCGUCUCAGCCCUUCAUGAUAUGCUGCAGUACUUGUGCGCGCAUUCAAGACUCGGAUCAUCUCACGCGAGACUUGGCUCAAGAAAAAUGGAGUUUGUCUCGGCUGAUUGGGGCGGUACCGAGGGUGUCGGUGCUGAAUUACGAGAAAUACAGAAGCAGAUCGACAACCUCCCGCACUCGACCGAGCCUCGAUCUGUGUCGGAGUUUAUGAAUCUACGCCGCGAUGUCAUGUUUCUUGAGUUCGAUACGGCUGUCCGACACUGCAUGGCAGAUACUUUCCUCUCUACUGGAAAUACGCAGGCUUAUAAGUCGAUCAUCAGCAACUACCAUCAUGCCUUGCCGGCAUUGAGCAACGUUCAGCGUCCGUCCGUGUUUACCACAUUUAUGGCGGUUCCUGAACCACUGGAAUCAAGAGAUCUGUCUGCCAAGGAAAUGUUCCCGAUAAGGGCUUUCUAUGGAAGGAACGGUCCGUACCCAACCAUGUUCUGGCAGUGGCACAUGAUAGAAUACUACAUCCAACUGUGUCUAGCGGGGCUUAAAGAUGUGGACAGGCAUGUAGCAAACGGGGAAAUCCUCGGUGUCACCCUUCUGAUGGAGGACGUGUUACAAACCGGGUACCAGGAUGUGUCCCUGCUAACUGAUCAUGCUGGAAACGGGGAAGCAGAGAAAGGGAAAGAACGCAAGGCCAGGUCGGGAAGCGUCCGCAACAUUGAAGUGAAACGAAACUCAUCUGCACUCGGAUUGACAGCUAAAAUGCCGAUAUCAGGUACCAGUCUAUCUCGUACCCAGGAGCCAAUCAAAGCUUACCGUCUGCUCAAGUUCUUCCUCAUGCUGUGGAAAUGUCUUGAGUACCUCAAAACAGACUGGGGACGCAGAAAACUUGGAAUACAAGGAAUCGACAGCAUGUCACAGCAUAGGGAAUUCUGCAAAGUAUACAAGACAGAGGUUUUAUUGCCGACCCUCCAGAGUGUUGCUAGGCGACUAGGUCAGGGUGAAAUGUACGAGGGCAUCUCCUUAGAUACGGACCCCCUCGUAAUGCCCCGGGGUGCAUCAGAGAUUGAAGUCAGAGCUAAACAGCUUGUGAAGUUAUUGGAAAACCAUGAGUGUCACAUGAUAACAGAGCUCCGUAAGAAGAUGGCGAAGGAACUAACCCUGGUCCUGGCAGAGAGAGGAAGAGCAGAAGAGACUGCACUGCCAACUGAUCUUUGGAAAAGACCAGUUAUGAAAGAAAGCUUCACUAUCACCAAGCCCCACGUCACAGAGGCAUUCUACGAGAAACUCAUGACACAGUGUGAAGAAAACGACGAUUCGAUUACGUUCUCCCGGAAACACCUGAACGGUUGUGUGGCGGAGCUAGCGCGAGCAGUGAUGGGUCGGGAGAAGAGUAAUUUCGACAGCUACACAAUGUACUAUGAGAAUCUCCUUAGAGCCAACCAUCAGAAUCUGUAUCAAAAAGAACAGGAGGUUAAACAGUUAAAGGACCAACUGAAGUCUCUACAACAGAACAUUAUGGUGGAGGUCCAGUGUCAGCUGGCCAACCAGGGCCAUGACCUGAUCAUGGAGAUCACCGCCCUGCGGGCCAAGGUCGCAGAAAUGCGUCAAAUGAGCUUCGACCAACAAAAGGAAAUACGCGAACGUGUACGCCAGGAAUAUGAUGAACUCAUCCAAAACUUGUUCAGCUCAACAUAUGCACUGAAAAACAAGUUUGAUGAGUUUAGGAUGGAAUUAAAUGAUGACGUGUACGAAAAAAUCUCGGACACGAGACGAGAAGCGUUUAAGGCGAUGAGCAUGGUGCGGGAAAAGUUUGGAAGCUCCAUUGAAGACUCUGGUGCAGGAAAUGCCCUGUCUAAGUCGGAGACGUUACGUGAGUUACAACAUGAGAACCACGUGCUCAAUAGUCUCCUGUUGAAGAUGAAGGCGAUGAAAACAUGGCGACAGAAUCACAACCUCGUUAAUAACCUGAAAAAUACACAAGAGCUCCGUAAUGAGUGUGACAACAACAAGAAGAUCUGUGAGUCAAUGAGAAUGGAGGCUGAAGAACAGAUUAUAUUGCUACGGCAACAGAUUGUGGCCCUUCGUAAAGCACUGACGGACGCACAAAAGGAGGCCAACGAUGUGAAGAAACUCCUGGAUAGAGAGUUAAAAGAAAAGCUAGAAAAGAGCCAUGAAGCGAUGCAGAAAGCCAGAAGUCAGCGACAACUAGAACAGGCUAAACAGGCCAACAUUGAAAAACUGCUAGAAGAACUCACCGACAAGGAGAACCAGUUGGCAAUCCUCUCUGAGGAGAAGGAUCGUAACAUGAAGCAGCAUUCCGCGUACUAUGAUAAGAUUAAGAAGGACGUUGAUACAACGCGGAAACGCCUCCAACAUGAGAGGAACAUGAAACUUGACGCCUUCCAACGUGUGGACGAUCUACAGGCUGUGGUGUACGACUAUGAAUCGUGUGUUAGCAGAACCCAGUCAGCAUUUACUCCCGCUACCCCAUCCACGGGCAAAAGGUCGCGGGUCCAGUCGGCACAAAAAAGCCUACCUGCCAGUCGGGGGACACCCUCAUCGGGACUAUUCCCGCCAGCGAUAAUAUGGCCAAAUAAUAGAAGCAUCACCCCAGACUUGGGGUCUCUCAAUAAUGAUCCACACUCCAAGAAAAUGCAGAGACCUAAAACUGUUGGCGGAAGAUUACGAAGUCGUAUAGCUGAUCAGCUGUUAAAUGAACUGGAGUUUGACAAACGUCAGACAAUUGUACAAUUAGAGGAACUGGCAAUCGAUGGUGGAAAACCCAUUGUGAACUAUUAAUGUUGAAUUGUAUGGUGGAAAAAAAAACAUUUGUUGAUAACUGCCAUGUUGCCUAUUUCCCACAAGGUGGAGAAAAAGGCUGUUUUAUUUUAGAACUAAAUAUGAUAAGAGAUUUGAUUUCAGAUCUAUUGAAGGUAAAUCGUGUUGCAAUUAUUUAUUUUUUUUGAAUUACUUUUUAACUUGGCAUUUUCUCUCCAAGAGGUGAAAAACUGUUUUUAGGACUGAAUAUGUAUUGGGAAAGAUUUUAGGACAGAGACCUCGUCUUUGAUAUCUUAAGUGUGGAAAGUUAAGACUUUCGACUCUGGAAAUGUCACUUAAGAUGUGGGGACUCUUUGAAUCUAGUGGCAGAAAAUAUAUAGACAGUUUUAAGGUGGUGCAGAAAUUUUAACUUUGUGAGAAUAUUCGUUGUAACUAAGGGGUUAAGAGGUUGUGCAGAAUUGUUUUUAUUUAGAUGGUGGAAAAUGUGUUUUAGAUUUCUGAUUUUGAGUGGAAGUGUUGCUGUUGUUGGUAGAAACCCAUGGUGGUGGAAUGUUUAGGAAAAACUCAUCCUUAACUUUGCUUAAUUUUAAUCAAGAGGUUUUAUUCAAUGAAUUCUUUAUUUGAAAGUUGUACUGAUAUGGCUGAUCACUUAUUGGGUUUUAUUGAUUUUGUGUGGUUAUUUUACAAAAGAUGGCAGAUAAUGUUCUCCUUAAAUGAGAGAUGGAAUAACAUUAUUUGUUAUCCAGAAAAAAUGCAAUAUUUAAAAACUGAGUCAGAGGUUUUACUGACAGGGCACAUUUAUUGAAGAAGGAAUCUUACCUCAGGCCCAACAUUCCAGGAACAUCUUAAGCCCCUUAUAAAGGAUUAAGCUAAGCUGACUUGUUUGUUUUGGUAUAAUUUGUAUAUUCAAUGCUUACAUUCUUAAAGGCUUAGUUUAAUCCUUCUGUAAGUGACUGCCCCUCCUCCCCCCCCCAAAAAAACGUGUUUUGUACACAACCUCUGUGUAUUGAUCUUAAUCAAAUUGCCUAAUUGUCUUAUAAGAUCUCUGAUCCGAAUAUCCGGCAAUGCAGUUUUGGAGGUUUUGUUAUAGAAAUGGACCAUAAAUGGCCAUGAGCCAGUAAACAAAUUAACAGGAAAUAGGCCCCUUCUGUGAUGACAUCAGUGUGAUCAGCAGGAGGUGCACAGCAGAGGAUUGUCAUGCCAAACAUUCCUUAAACUAGGCCUUUAAGAGUUUUUGGAAUCUCACGAUAAGCUAUUUUUUUAAUGAAGGAGAAUCAAAAUAAAGUAAUAACUUAAGUUUUUUUUAAGCUGAAGAACUUUUGAGAUAUUGUAGCCGGAUGUUUAAGUUUUUUUAAAUUAAAUUUUAUGCAAAAUGGCUUGAAAUACUUUUUGUUUCAAAAACACUACAUAUCAUCAUUAAAGGGUUAUUAAGGAUUUGUUCAAGGCAGCAUUAUUAAAGAGCUUUAGUAUAUACACUUUACUGGUAAAAAUUAUGGAUUAAAAAUUUAAUUAUCUUCUAAACAUUAUGAUGAUUGUUGAAUAUAAUGCGUAAAUUUAUUGUUGAAUAUUAUGCAUGAAUUGUCUACGUAUACACAAAUAAACAUUUUCGAUUACAUAUGAUAAUAACUCAUACGUUAUUUAUUCUAUAUAUUAUUUCCAAUUAGGUCACUCAGCUAUGUUAAAAUGUGUGUUGUUUUUUCAGAUUUUGUUUUGUUCAUAAAAGUCACAUUUAUAAUUUAAUUUUUAUGUUAUUGACUAGAAUGAUGGAAGUAUUAUUUCUUAGUAUUUUCUAAGAUAAAACUGUUUAAUUAUACUGCUGUGAAUUGUGAUAUUCAAUAAUCUGUGCUUAUUCAGAUUUUAGGUCAUAUAUUACAUUUAUGAUUUUUGUUCCGAGUAUAGAAUUUUUUAAAAUAUAUUUUUCCCAUUGAACAUUACAUAUUUUGUUAAAAUAUUCACACUGCUGCAUGAUUUAGUAUUUUUAUGUUAAUUAUAUAUUAUUUAAUAUAUAUAAUAUCAUAGUACGGAUUUUGGUACUGAAUUAUGCUGUAUAUAUAUAUACAUGUAACUCUUGCAUUUGAUGUUUAUUUAAAUGCAUUUAAUCUGUGAUAUAAUCUCAAACCAAAGGUCUGAUAUCUGUGUCUAUUUUUGAGGAAUAAUUUCUUUCCACGUUUCUUUAUCGUUAGGACCCAUUUUCACUAACAUCUUAAGUCUCAAGUCGGAGAUUUCGGGGCAGUGCUUGCAAACAGUCUCAAGUCUGAGACUCCGUGCCAGUCCUUGUGAACAGUCUCAAGUCUGAGACUCGGUGGCAGUGAUAGAACAGUCAAGCCUGAGACUAUGGGGCAGUGAUUGUGAACAGUCUCAAGUCUGAGACUCAGGGGCAGUGAUUGUGAACAGUCUCAAGUCUGAGACUCAGGGGCAGUGAUUGUGAACAGUCUCAAGUCUGAGACUCAGGGGCAGUGAUUGUGAACAGUCUCAAGUCUGAGACUCAGGGGCAGUGAUUGUGAACAGUCUCAAGUCUGAGACUCAGGAGCAGUGAUUGUGAACAGUUGGAGACUGAGACUCAGGGGCAGUGAUUGGGAACAGUCCGAAUCUGAGACUCAAGGGCAUUGAUUGUGAAUAGCCACAAGUCUGAGACUCAGGGGCAGUCAUUGCAAACAGUCUCAAGUAACAUGCGCCCAGGCCAUGAAUCGAACCUGGGUCACCUUGGUGAAAAGUGAAUGGGCUAAACACCUGCACUAACCGGGCAAUGAAUUGAUUUGUUGUUCAAAAUUUAUUUUAGGAGCAAAGAUUGUAAAAAUUGCUGUAACAGAAACUGUUCAACAAUCAGGCACACAUCUUUUGGCACUUUUUUGUCACUUUUAGUUAUCUAAAGAUAACAUUUCAGAAUUCAGUUUUCCGAGUCCAAGUCUGAAACUGAGACUUAAGAUGGUAGUGAAUACGGGACCUGGUUGUUAUAAUUUUAUCAGCAUUAUCUGUUAACACAAAUAACUGUCUUUCUUGUUUAACCUAUAUUUCAAAGAUUGAUCUAUCAUGUGACUUGUAAAUUUAUCAGUGUUGUACCAUAUUUUGACCCUGAUGAUAACAUAACAUUGUACAAUAACUUAACCACUAGCUAAUCCAAGGGGGCACCUAGUGUGCGCCCCCCUCCCCGUAAAAUUGUCCUAGUUUACUUAGUUUUUCAAUAAAGGAGACAAAAAGUAAUAAAAUACACCCAAAAUGCACCAUUUUGGACAAGAAAUUUGAAAAAAAUAAUCGGGGAGUACCCCAAAACCUCCAUACCUGCACAGUCCUUAAACCAAAUAAAUUUAAUUCUGAAGAAGUGGCGCAAGUCUAUAGGUCAAGCCCCUAAAUUACGCUUCAAAUUGGGCAAAUCCUGGAUCAGACCCUGUUAACCAAAGAACAAAUGAUUUUUAAAUAUUUCGAAUUUGUCACUAUAUAUUUACCCAUUAAACCAGGCUUAUAUAUGUUUUCAUAAAUAUUCCAUUUCUUAACACUGCAAGGAAAAACACAGGGACAAACCCUAUAGAAAAGAAUGAAGCCUAGAGAUAUUUAGUUUUGUUAUUUUACAUCGCAUCAUGUAGGUUUUAAGGGUCUUACCAGCUUAUCAUGCAGAUAUUUAUCAUUAAUUAUCAUAGAUUAGUGGGUUUGUGGACAAUUUAGACAUUGGUAAUUAGGGCUCUGGUAGGUUUCAAAUCUAAAAACAGGUAUGGUAGGUUGGUUUUUUAUUUUUUUGUCACGCUAUUAUGUUAUUGUCAUCAUUGGAGAACUAUUGUAAAGAGUUAGUAUUGUCUUACUUGAUGGGAUUGUGAAUGCUGUCAAAUUUGGUUCUUUUUUAAGGCGAUAAUAAAGAAUACUGGUAAUUUCCUACAUGUAUGUAUCUUGCUUCCUCAGUCUUCACCUAUGGCAAGAAUUGUCUGUUGUUUUGUUUGAAAAGUUUCAUAAUUGAUAUUUUGUAUUUUUCUGAAAUAGAAUUGUGCUAUAUACAUGUAAAUGUACUUUGUCACUUUAUUUAUUAUUUCAACAACAUUUAUUUUAGUUCAAUAAACAUAAUCAGUGGCUUA